GUUUUGACCCGUGUUACCACCAAUGGAGGAUAGUUGAGUCACUAUCACACUAGUGUUAACAGAUCUGAUUACUGCAGUUGGUUUAGGACUUGGUGUAUAAAGGUUGGCUUGGAAACAAGUAUUUUAAAGUGGCUGAAUGGUAGAACCUGGAAAUGCAGGUGGGUUAGUGUAUACGGGAUGGUGUUCAAAACAGUGCGAAAGGACCUGAGAGCUACAGGAAGAUCCCAUGGGGAUGGUUAGUGGUUUGUGUUUAGGGUAUCAGGGAUGGUGGUCACUGUUAGGUAACCUAAUAGUGUGGCUGGAUGGUGAGAAGCUUGGUGUUGAAGGAUGUGAGUUUGGCUCAAUCGGAGAUAGAGUUUAUGAGAUGAGGUUAAAACCUAGAGUAAACAGUUCUGCUGUUUUAAUGUCGGUGUGGCCAUUCCUUAACAUUAUCACAGAUAUCCUAUUAGGAACACAUUGGGAAAGUGGAGCGGUUACUUUCUGGUCCCACGCUGUGAGUUUGCCUCUUGCCAGCAAUGCCAUCUUCAGCUGGAAGUUCUGCCAUAUGGUGCAUAAACUCCUACGUGAUGGCCAUCCUAAUACCCUGCGAGAUAGCCAAGGGCAUGUCCCAAGUAUUAAACAAAUGGGAACUUUGUGGGGAAGCCUCCAUGAUCGAUAUGGGCAUAUUGUUGCUCUGUAUGCGAAGUUCCUGUGCAUCAAAAUUGAAUUCCAUUGUAAGCACAAAGCGAUUCUGCCAGAUCUUGCAGCUCCUGACGAGGUCCUUGAGAGGGCUAUUGCAGUUGAUAUAAAUGAAGUGUUUGAAACCACUGGUGAGGUGCUAGAAUAUAUGGAUGCUGCGCUUGUAUUACAAGAAACAGUUUUCAGACAACUUGAAUCCAACAAUACGAGUGCGACGACUGCAGUGGGUCAGUGCCGCCUAGCGCCUCUGGUCCCGCUUCUCCAAGACUGCAGCCCUCUCUAUCACUUCCUCGUCAAGCUCCUGUUUAAGCUACACAGCCGAAUACCCAUGGAUGCUCUGUUGGACCAUCGUGAACGAUUCCGUGAUCAGUUCAACAGUCUUUCCCAGUUCUUCGAGAAAGCCAGGAGCAUUGAGUUCUUUAAAGCUAUCAUACAGAUCCCUGAUUUUCCUGAUACCCCUCCAAACUUCCUGCGUGCAGCUUCAUUGGCUGAUUAUGUCAAGCCAGUGGUGGUUCAUAAUCAGCUUCCUGAAGAUGAUGAUACAGAGACUCAGGUGGAAGGAAACCCAGUGUUCCAUUCUUUCAACCAGUACGAUGGACCUGUCCAGAGGGAGAAGGAGGUCGAGUCUAUGAGGAAAGAGCUUGAAGCAAUGAGACCUGAGAUGCAGAUGUUCAAAGCAGAGGCUCAGCGUGCCGUCGUCCACCUGAAGGACCAGGUGAAUAAGUUGGAGGCGGAGCUGGAAGACCAGCGCACUUGCAAGCAGAUGGCCAUGGUGGAGAACGAGCAGCUGCGCAUGGAGGUGGAGGCAUUAAGGGCACAGACAGCAGUCGCUGCGAGUAUGCAGGCCUCUGUAGACGACAGCAGAGUUCAAACUGCCCAGAUGCAUUUCACUCGGCUUAAAGAAAAGCAUGCUGAGCUGGUCACCAGGCACGCUGAUCUCAUGAGAAAGAAUGCCGACAUGGUGAAGCAGCUGGCCAGCACUCAGCAAGCCCAAGAGGAGCUGGUCAAGGCCAAGCAGCAGAUCGCAGAAGGCCUGGAACAUCUCAAACAGGAGAACAGUACCAAGCUUGAAGCACAGCAAGCAGAAAUCAUCCAAUUGAGGCAAGAGCUUCAGACCGGAAAAGCUGAAAUAAUAAAUGUUCAGAGUGCACUCCAGAGCAAAGAAAAGGCAGGGGACCAGCUGAGUGGUGUGUUGUUGGGACUUCAGGCUGAAAAGGAAACAUUGAUGCGUUCUCUGAAAGAGCAGGAGGCUGAGCUUGCUAACCUGCGCCAGAGCUCUCAGCUGAACCAGACCAUGCUGCAGCAGGAGCGAGACAAGACCCAGAAAGAGAUGAGCUCCCUGCAGAGCCAACUCCAGGAAAAAGUGAGUCGAGAGAUUGAGCAGCAGAUGGAGUUGGAGAAACUGAAGAAAGAGCUGGAGUUGAAAAGAGCGGAGGCACUAAGUGUGCAGAGUGCACUACAGAGUAAAGAGGCGGCAGGAGAUCAGCUGAGCAGUGUGUUGGUGGGGCUUCAGGCUGAGAAGGAAAUACUGAUGCGUACUUUAAAAGAGCAGGAGGCUGAGCUUGCGAAACUGCGCCAGGCUGCUCUGCUGCACCAGAUCACGCUGCAGCAGGAGAGAGACAAAUACCAGAAAGAGAUCGACUCCCUGAAGAGCCAGCUACAGGAAAAGCUGCAGCGGGAGCAGGAACAGCAGCUGGAAAUCGCUCGGCUGAAACGAGAGUUGGAGGAGAGGAGAGCAGAAGCGACAAGUGCUCAAAAUGCUCUUCACAGCAAGGAGACGGCAGGGCAUGAGAUGAGCAGUUUGUUGGUGGGGCUGCAGGCUCAAAAGGAAACACUGAUGCGUUCUCUGAAAGAGCAGGAGGCUGAGCUUGCUAACUUGCGCGUGGCUGCUCAGCAGCACCAGACCAUGCUGCAGCAGGAGAAAGACAAGACCCAGAGAGAGAUGAGCUCCCUGCAGAGCCAACUACAGGCCAAGUUGAGCCGGGAAACGGAGCUCCAGCAGAAGCUGCAGGAAGAGCAGUUUUGCUUAUUGCAGUGCGCUGUGGUGGAGGCAGAGGGCAUCAUUCUAGACGCUCUUUCCAAAGUGGAUGACCCUAUGCACGUGCGCUGUGUUUGCACUCCUGAGUAUUUGAUUAAUCGAGCUGAGAUCACUCUGGUGUCCAUUGACAAGAUGCAGCAAAGUCAUGCGGGGUACUUAAGAAAUCUGGAUGAUGCCAGUGGGCUGUUGAGAUCUGUGACUCAGUUUUCCCACCUUGCAGCAGACACUAUUGUUAAUGGAGCUGCUGCGUCCCACUCUGCACCCACUGACCAGGCUGACAGUGGUGGUCUGGACAGUGAGAAACCUCAUCUCGCAUAUCUCUACUCAAGAAAAAUCUUUCAACCUCAAAGGAGUGAACUACACGCAGGGCUGACGGAUAACUGCAGAGACUGUGCCACUCACUGUCUGCAGUUCCUUAAAGAGCUCAAGCUGCAGGCCACACUGCAGAGAGCUGACCCGAGCGUCAUCCGCUACACGGUCCAGCGCAUCCUCAACCAAGCCACUGAUUUACGACGCAAUGACACAGAUGUUCAGAAAGCAGAGCUGGCAGACAUGGUGGAUAAAGAGAUGGCUGCCACCUCCACUGCUAUUGAGGAAGCUGUUCUGAGGAUGGAGGAAAUAUUGAGCCAAGCAAGAAGAGAUACAUCGGGAUUAAAAUUGGAAGUUAACCAAAGCAUCCUUGGUUCCUGUUCUGAUCUGAUGAAGGCCAUACACAUGUUGGUCACAGCGGCCACAGAUUUACAGAAGGACAUCGUGGAAAGUGGUCGGGGAGCUGGCUCUGUGAAAGACUUCUAUGCCAAGAAUUCCUGCUGGACUGAGGGGCUCAUCUCUGCCUCCAAAGCUGUAGGAUGGGGAGCCACACAAAUGGUUGAUUCUGCUGACAAAGUAGUGACAGACCGAGGCAAAUAUGAGGAACUGAUAGUGUGCUCUCACGAGAUCGCUGCCAGCACUGCCCAGCUCGUAGCUGCCUCCAAGGUAAAGGCAGAUCGAAGUAAUAAGAAACUUAAUACAUUGCUGCAAGCCUCACGACAUGUAAAUGAUAUGGCUGCAGUUGUUGUGACCUCGACAAAAGCUGGACAGAUGCAAAUCGAAGAUAAGGAUCCCAUGGAUUUCUCUGGCAUGUCCCUGAUCAAGCUGAAGACGGAGGAAAUGGAAACUCAGGUGAAAGUGUUGGAGCUGGAGAAUCAGUUGUCCAACGAACGCCAGCGGCUGGGCGAGCUGAGGAAAAAGCACUAUGAGUUGGCUGGAGUUCCUCUCGAUCAGACCGCAGAGAAAGAUUUUGAUGGGUUUGUCAGCGUUUUACCUCCAGUGAUGCCUGAGCCACCACUGCCUGAACCACCCAAACCCGAGCCUUCUAAAAACCCAACAUCUAAAAGACCAUCUAUUUUCCAGAAAUCUGGCAGCCUCCUUAAAAAUAAGUUUAGGUGAAGCCUUUGUGAUGAACGUACAGUGGAAACGACCAUUUGAAUGUAAUGUUUUUGGCCUUUUGUAAAAAUCAUUCAUUUAUUCUUCUUUUGUAACGGUUUUAUCCUGGUUAAAGUCACAGUGGAUCUGGAGCCUAACGUACGAACGCUGGAUAUGAGGCGGGAACACUCAUUCGCACACUCAGUGGCAAUUUAGAGUUCCCAGUUCACCAGCAUGUUUUUUCGCAGUGGGAAGAAAUCAGAAAUCCCAGAGGAAACCCAUCUGGACAUUGGGGGAACAUGUGAAACUUAUUUUUUUUUUUUUGUAUAAAUUUUGUGUAAUUAGAUAAAAUCAUGAUUUUGUAAACUUAUGUAAUUAAACAUAAUCUGUGAUGAAUAAUAAUAUUAAAGUAUAUACCAUUGUUAUUAGCACAACACCUAUUACUCCCAUAUUUUCCUUUAUUUCUCGUUUUAUUUCUAAAUAAAGACUACUAUAAAUAAAUGUUGACAACAUAUUUAGCUGAACUUUUAACUUAAUCUCUAUCAAAU